AUGGUGUUAACGAUGCAAGAACUGAAAAACGUGGAAAACACAUUUACUGAGCUGCUUUUAAGAAAAAUAGGACCCCUAGUAAAAUCUCAUACCGGAACCAAUUUCCGAUCCUACGAUGAUAAAUCUAACGGUGUAGACUUAGUCACAGUAUUAGACAAAAAUAUUGAAUCCAUAAUCAAGGCAGAAUUAGCUGGCAAAUACCCUAAUUUUAAAUUUAUCGGCGAAGAGUCAUAUGUAGAGGGAGUCACUAAAAUAAGCAACGAUCCAACAUUCAUUGUGGAUCCUAUUGAUGGCACUACUAAUUUUAUUCAUGGUUAUCCUUUUAGUUGUACAUCGCUAGGUUUAGCAGAAAUGGGGAAGCCUGUGGUUGGUGCGGUUUUCAAUCCUCAUUUGAACCAACUUUUCCAUGCCUCUAAAGGCAACGGAGCUUUCUUAAACAAUCAAGAGAUAGAGGUGACUGAAAGAACACUAAUUCUGCAGAAAUCAUUAAUCGCUUUAGAAGGAGGUUCAGAAAGAACCGAAGGCUCGCAAGGAAACUUUGACAAGAAAAUCGAUACUUACAGAAAUUUACUUAGUGAGUCCGGUGCCUUUGUUCAUGGGUUCAGAAGUGUAGGAAGUGCGGCUAUGAACAUAUGCUACGUGGCUAGCGGUAUGCUUGAUGCUUACUGGGAAGGGGGCUGCUGGGCGUGGGAUGUAUGCGCUGGUUGGUGUAUCCUCGAAGAAGCGGGGGGGAGAAUGGCCGGCGGAAACCCCAAAGAAUGGGUUAUUCCACUAGACGGAAGAUGUUAUUUGGCUAUCAGAGGCGGGUGUGAAUCGAUGGAACAGAAGCAAUUUGCAGAAUCAUUUUGGUCUUACGUUGCAGGUAGAUUGGAAUACUGA